GCGGGCUCGGCUCCGGGCGGCGCCUCCCGCAGCGGGGCCCAGGCGGCUCCUUCCGUCGGUCGCCGCCGCCGCCGCCGCAGCAUGAGCGGGCCGGGGUUGCUGGGGCCCGGUGGAGGCGCGGGGCUGCCGCCGCUGCCCAAGAGCCUGAGCGGGUUGUUGAACUCCUCCUCCUCCGGCGGCGGCGGCCAGGGCGGGCGCUGGCGGGACCUGGAGCGGCUUUACGCGCAGAAGUCCCGCAUCCAGGACGAGCUGAGCGGCGGCGGCCGGGGCUCGCCGCGGCCGCCCAAACCUCCCAACCUGGACGCGGCGCUGGCCCUGCUCCGCAAGGAGAUGGUUGGCCUUCGACAGCUAGAUAUGUCAUUACUGUGUCAGCUGUACUCCCUGUAUGAAUCGAUUCAAGAAUACAAAGGUGCCUGCCAAGCUGACUCUAAUGCAGACUGCACGUACGCUCUGGAAAAUGGCUUUUUUGAUGAAGAGGAGGAAUACUUCUAGAAGCAGGAAGAUUCACCUCCAGGCUGACCGAGGUUCUUUUGUCCUUCUCUCCCUGUAACACACCUCAGCAAGAACGACUGGAAUCUGUACGGAUCCCCCUUCCUGAGGAGGAACGCCCAGCUACCCCGAGUUGUGUUAAAUUCACUUAUUUUAACAGGCUGUCAGUACAAGUUAUUCAUGCAAAUACCACUUGAGGAAAGUGCUGUACUCUAACUUUUGAAGAGUCCUCAGACAUGCUUGACAAGAGUUUUCAAUUUAAUUUGCAAGGUGGGUGUUUUCAACUUGCAAACGUUGGUAGCUUAUAACUGGAAUUUUUAUCGUAGAAGACAGCAGCGACUUCCUGAGUUGUAAUAACUUUGUAAGGGGGGAGGGAAGCCUCCGCUGUGGUGUAAAUAGCUAUAGGUGAUUUUUUUUUUUUGGUCAACGGUAUUGAUAAGUGCAGUUUGAACAGGCAUCUGGAUGCACGCACAUCCUCAGCUCUACUAAGCUAGAUCUGCUUUUACCAGCUGCAUCCAGUUUUGUACCAGGUGGAUUGUUUACACAGUUUAAAUUUUUUUUUUCUCCUUAAGCUAAUUUUGACUUUUCCUUAUUCCUAGCUUACAAAGCUGUACAUGUGAUAGUGAAUGUUAUCAGCAGUUUUUUUCUGUUGAUCUAAUUCACUUUCUUGGUACUGCCACUUGGCAUUAACUUUUAUACUGUUGUCUGGAUUUCUUGCAUCAACAUAGCUCUUUGACCUGCUAAACUCUGUUCUGAAAUGGUUUGCUUAGCUUUUACUGUCCUGCAUAGUAAAAGCACAGAUUCAAACAUAGUCUGUCUGCCACUAUGUGGCUUGGAAUAACAUGAACUCUUGUGCAAGUGUUCUCGAUCAUAUGAAGAAUAAGGAAACCUCUCAUAUGACACAAUGGGACAAACUGCAAUAUUUUAUACUGGGUGAACUUUGUUUCUGUGAGGUAGACUACAGCUCUUUUUAAAAAUGCAGAAUAAGUAUUUUGAGCACAUACUUUGCAUAUGUUAAAACUUUUUAUACUAACUUGUUCUUUGAAGUAUAACUUAUUUUUGUUUUCAGAACUUACUACAGCACUCGGUUAAGUUUUUAUUAUUUCAUAGUGUGUACAUGUAAUGCUUAAUCAGCUUGGAAAAUGAGAGUUGCCAACUAUCUGAGUCUUCACCCUUCUCUGUUUUAAGUAAAAUCAGCUCCCAACGCGAUUUUCAUUUCUUAACUUUAAUUCUAAAGAUUGCUGUAAAACACAGUGCCUGAAUCUUGACACAAGCUAAUAAUUAAGGGCUUAAAUCUCAAAGGGUUUUUGCAUGGUUCACGUCUGGCAUGCAUACAGUUUACAGAAAGAAUUGGAGAUCACGUUCCGGGGUAGCUCCUCUCUUAGUUUUUUAGCAAAGGCUAGGAUGUUGCAGUGAUAAAAGCCAAGAGACUUCCAGGGUGGAGGUUUUGUGCAUUCCCUUUAAAACUGGCUUAUUUUAGUGGAAUUUAAAGGCCACAAGAGUAAAGACUGUGCUGUAAUUGUGUAUGUGUAUAAGUUCUUAAUCUAGUCUGUGGCAAUGGUUGGAUUUUUUUUUUAAAUGUUAAUUCUGGUCUAAUUACUUCACUCACCCAAAACUAAAAUGAAUGAUAAGGCAAACACAGGUAAUCCGAAUGGCUACAUCUAUAUUUAAAAAGUUGUAUAUGUAUGUGUGUAUAUAUGUAUGAGUAUAUAUACACACACAUCUGUACAUACAACUUCAUGCUUUGACUUAAGAAUGUGUCAGCUUUGAAUAUAAUUUGCUGUGCUCUUGGUAUUUAGAUGAGGCUUUUUCUAGACUGUUGAAGUACUGCUAUUUUCUUGCUCUUUCCCAAAAAAUAAAAAGCAUGACGUUUAGCAUAA